AUGAACUUCGUUCGGCUGUCGUUAUUUUUUCCGCUAUUUUAUAUAGUAAAUGGCAAUGCAACUACUCAAAAAUCCCUGUGGGAUGACGACGUCGAGGAUGAAGUUCAUAAGCCAAUACUUCGCAUCCACCACAUCAACAUAUUUGGGGACUCUCGCUAUAUGAAGGCUUUGACAUACAUCGACGAAACUCGCACCAAGUUUACGAUAUGUGUGUCGCUUCGAGAGGAAAUGGGCAGCAACUUCCUGACCUUCAACAUAAAGAUUCGAGUGAGAGCGACGGGCAGAACGAAUUUCGCAACUCUGCUCCAAAUGCGCGAUCUGGAUCUGUGUGGCUUCUUUGCGGAGUUCAGUAAGAAUCCCAUGAUGAAGUACUUUCUGCAAACGGAUAUGCAGCUGAGCGACAUUAUUGCCUGUCCAGUGCGGGUGGGCAACUACUCGCUGAAGAAUGUGAGUGUGAAGGACAUCUAUCCGCAGGUUCUGCAGAAUGGCAUCUACAAGUUCUUCGUGGAGGUGAUUGAGGCAACGGCGGAGAAAGUCUUUGCCCUGCAGGUGACCACCGAUGUCCGAAUUCCAAGUGCCGCCGAAUAA